AUGCGAGUCCUACCGAAAGGGCCUGGGAGAUCCCGCCCGUCAUUCCUUCUCCUGCUAUUUUUGCUCAUUGCCUUUGCUGCUCAAGUGCAUGCCAUCCCCGCGGAUGAUACAUCAACGGACACGGAUGCCGCCCAGACCACCGACGAUCCCUCCACACAAAGCACCUCUAGCGUGAGCGAGACCACUGCGACAACAUCUUCCUCGACAUCCACUUCGACGUCAAGCACUACCAGUACCACCUCAUCCUCCUUCGAAACCACAACCUCAACCUCAACUAUGGAUACAACCACCAGCUCCUCUACUGAGACCUCGUCAACCUCGUCAACCACAACGUCCGACGGCAGCACAUCAACAUCAUCGGUCUCCACGACAACCACAUCAUCAACAACAUCUUCCUCCACAACCAAUGCUGCAAUAGUGACCAUACCCCCAACAGCAAAUGCUCCCUACAUGCAAGAGAGCAGUGCUCCUGAAGGAACGGUCUUCAUCGCUGUCGGCGCGGCUUUAGGCCUCAUCGGCCUCACUUUGCUCGCCUGGCGCGCAAUGGUCGCAUGGUCCGUGAACCGUUCCGUGCGGCGCGCAGCCAUGAAGCAUGCCUCAGACAACAAGCGUAUGCUUCGCAAUAGCAGGAAAAAGCGCUCGACCCCUUAUUCGGCCCUCCCGACGGACGUCUCUCUCGGAAAACUCGGUGCUGCAACUCGCGCAAGCUACAAACCUCGUGCGGCAAGCGGCAAUAGCGGUCUGUUUUUCUCGCCCACAGCCGGUGGUCCUACUGGCUCGCAUGGUAACAUGAAUGCUGCCGGUAAUUCUGGAAACCGCGGGUCAACCUAUCUGCCCGCCGGAUAUUACAACGCUGCCGGCAAUUCCAAUCCCGCAGGCGAAGUCCCGUACUCACCUACUGCUGGCCUGUCGUCUCCUUCCUUGCCUCCGGCUGGCGCAUACCAUGACUCGCAUCGUCAGUCGUAUGCCGGUGCUUCAACCAGUUCGCUCAAUUUGAACCAGGCACCCCAAGGUCGGGCGCCUAGCGCAUACUUGGAGGAUCUGUUCGAAAAUCAUAAUCAAUCUGGGCAUUCCGGUUCGGGCCAGGGCCGGAGAUGA